GGGCCGAGCUGCGGCGUGCCCACCGUGGUGCAGUACUCCAACCUGCCCACCAAGGAGCGCCUGGUGCCGCGCGAGGUGCCGCGGCGGGUGAUCAACGCCAUCAACGUGAACCACGAGUUCGACCUGCUGGACGUGCGCUUCCACGAGCUGGGCGACGUGGUGGACGCCUUCGUGGUGUGCGAGUCCAACUUCACGGCGUACGGCGAGCCGCGGCCGCUCAAGUUCCGCGAGCUGCUGACCAACGGCACGUUCGAGUACAUCCGCCACAAGGUGCUGUACGUGUUCCUCGACCACUUCCCGCCGGGCGGCCGGCAGGACGGCUGGAUCGCCGACGACUACCUGCGCACCUUCCUCACGCAGGACGGCGUGCCGCGCCUGCGCAACCUGCGGCCCGACGACGUCUUCAUCAUCGACGACGCCGACGAGAUCCCCGCGCGCGACGGCGUGCUCUUCCUCAAGCUCUUCGACGGCUGGACCGAGCCGUUCGCCUUCCACAUGCGCAAGUCGCUGUACGGCUUCUUCUGGAAGCAGCCCGGCUCGCUGGAGGUGGUGUCGGGCUGCACGGUGGACAUGCUGCGCGCCGUCUACGGCCUGGACGGCAUCCGCCUGCGCCGCCGCCAGUACUACACCAUGCCCAACUUCCGCCAGUACGAGAACCGCACCGGGCACAUCCUGGUGCAGUGGUCGCUCGGCAGCCCGCUGCACUUCGCCGGCUGGCACUGCUCCUGGUGCUUCACCCCCGAGGGCAUCUACUUCAAGCUCGUGUCCGCCCAGAACGGCGACUUCCCCCGCUGGGGUGACUACGAGGACAAGCGCGACCUCAACUACAUCCGGGGCCUCAUCCGCACCGGAGGCUGGUUCGACGGCACCCGCCAGGAGUACCCGCCCGCCGACCCCAGCGAGCACAUGUACGCCCCCAAGUACCUGCUCAACAACUACGACCACUUCCGCUACCUGCUGGACAACCCGUACCGGGGGCCGGCCACCUCCCCGCGGGGCUCCACGGAACCCGGCGGGAACCCCGACGGCAGGCCGCCGCCGCCCCCGCCCCCGCCGCCCCCCGGAGGCCAGCCCGACGCCCGCGGCCAGGGCUAG